AUGUGUCCAUCAGCAGGCAGUCCCGGCCCUAUGUCCUCUGAUGGCCACUCCUCCAGCAGCUGCCGCCAUAUGCACCAUCACCACCACCAGCCCUGUGGAGGGGGUGGGGGCGGGGGGCACCACUACCCCAACGUGGAGAUGGAUGAGGGGGGGCAGCCCUCUCCCCACCCCCCACACCACCAGAGUGGGGGAGGGGGUGGGGGUUACUUCAACAGGGAGGAUGAACCCCUCACCCCCCACUCCCACCACUCCCAGGCCCCUCAUCAGCACAUGCUUGCCCCCCACGAAGGGGGUGGGGGUUACUUCAACAGGGAGGAUGAACCCCUCACCCCCCACUCCCAUCACUCCCAGCCCCCUCAUCAGCACAUGCUUGCCCCCCACGACGCAUCGUGGGAGGAGGUGACGUCAUCACUGCAGCUGAGCAUCAAGGAGGAGCGCUAUGACCCCGUCUACUUCAGUGACCCCCACACGCCCCCCUUCACCCCCGACCCCCGCGUCCUCGCUGAACUUCAGCAGCUUCAGCUCGGCCAGUACGCCAGGAACUUCACAGAGGCCCAGGUGGACUACAGCUCCUUCCUCCUACUGACCGCCGAGCUGCUGAAGGACCUCGGAGUGGACAAGAUAGGACCGUAA